AUGUUAUUUGUUUUCUCUCAACAGUUAAAAGAUGUUGAUACUCGGAAAAUCAUAACAGCAAUGCUUUCUUAUGUGUGGCCCAAAGACAGGCCAGAUCUACGAGCUAGAGUUGCCAUUUCCUUGGGAUUUUUGGGUGGUGCAAAGAUCCCAGAGUCAUUAAGAAAUGCUACAUGGCAGAGAUGGGGAAAAGAUAAUUCAAGACAGUUAUUAGAUGCUACAAAGGCUCUCCAGGCAUGGCCACUGAUAGAAAAGAGAACAUGUUGGCAUGGUCAUGCAGGAGGAGGACUCCACACAGACCCAAAAGAAGGGGUAAGAGUGAACAACACAUAACUGGAAGUUCUUGUUGAUGAUUGUGCUUGCAUUAAAGAUAUAUGUAUUUAAGAGUAUCAUAUUCUAAUAUAUAUAUUUUGAGACAGUCUUGCUAUGUAGUCCAGGCUGGCCUUGAAUUUGAAAUCCUCUUGCUUCAUUCAGCUCAGUACUGGGAUUAUAGGUAGG